UCGUGGGCGGGGUUUAUACAGUCAUGGCGGCCGCUAUGAAGAACGUGGAAGAAAUAAGAAGUCGGGUAAUUUUAGGGGAAUUUGGUGUCAAAAAUGCCCAUACGACGGAUUUUCCAGGAAACUAUCCCGGUUAUGACGACACUUGGAACUUGGGCAAAUUCCAAAAGAACUUCCGUAUCAAUGUGGUUCAACUGAAAGAGAACAGUAUGGAGUUUGACAUGGUGGGCGUAGAUCCAGCCAUCGCCAACGCUUUCAGAAGAAUCCUUUUAGCUGAGGUCCCAACCAUGGCGAUAGAGAAGGUGUUUAUCUACAACAACACGUCCAUUGUCCAGGAUGAGGUCCUGGCCCAUAGACUAGGCCUCAUACCUAUUAGAGCAGACCCGCGUCUGUUUGAAUACAGAAAUUCAGGUGAGGACACAGCUGCAGAGGAGGGCUCAGAGAUUGACACCAUCCAGCUUCAGCUGAAGGUGAAAUGCAGCCGAAACCCCAGGGCCAGCAAAGAUUCUUCAGAUCCCCGAGAGCUCUACCUGCACCACAUGGUUUAUUCUAGAGACCUUAAGUGGAUGCCCAUUGGAAACCAGGCAGAUGUGUUUGCAGAUGCAUUUAUUGGACCAGUACAUGAUGAUAUACUGAUCGCACAGCUGAGACCAGGACAGGAGCUGGACAUUGUCAUGCAUUGUGUUAAAGGCAUUGGCAAGGACCAUGCUAAGUUCUCACCUGUGGCCACAGCCAGCUACAGACUGCUCCCAGAGAUCACGCUGAUGGAACGGGUGGAGGGGGAGCAGGCGGAGCGGCUUCAGCGCUGCUUUUCCAGAGGUGUUAUAGAGCUAGAGGAGCAGAAUGGCGAAAAGGUUGCUAAAGUUGUAAACAGUCGCCUGGAUACAUGCAGCAGAGAGGUCCUUCGACACGAUGACCUAAAGAACUUGGUGAAACUUGGACGCAUACGGGACCACUUCAUCUUUACAGUUGAAUCGACUGGCAUCCUCCCACCUGAUGUCCUUGUGGCAGAGGCCAUCCAAGUGCUCAUGAGCAAGUGUCAAAGGUUUCUCAGUGAACUGGAUUCCUCAGAUAUGGACUAACUUAAGCACCUCCUUCAGUAAAGUUGGACAGUGGCUUGGAAUGGUCCUAGUGGAACAUGCUACAGUCUUAUGGCUUAUGCAAUUUACAUAAAUGGACAACAUCACUGAAGUGCAUUGCUCGGGCUGUGGACACUUUGAAAUAUCAUAAUGUACGCAUGUAUACACAUUAAACAUCACCCACAUGAACAUGCAAUCUGGCCCAUGUGCGCUUAAGGGGUAUUCGAUGAAGCGAGCUAAAGAGAAUGCCUUGCUUAUUUGGGCAAUCCAGUCUCGUUAAAUUCUUAGUUCCGUUCCAUGAAAGUGACUACCGGAGUUGGCGCCGAAUUGCUGUAAUAACAAACACCCGAGUACAAAACUGGUUGGGACCAGGCUAACUGUCAAGAUUAUUUUAGCUUUGUCUCCAAGAACGUCUAAAGAAACUAUUUGAUCAAGCCUUUUAGCACAUGCACUCACACACUUGUGUUUGAGUCCUCACUCUUUGGAUCAGAAUGAAAAUUUCCAUGUUCCAAAUCAAACUGCAUUAACUUGGCCCUCCCAGAGUAACUGGGAGCGUGCACAAAGCACAUCUUAAACCUCAGGUCUGAGUUAGCACUGGUCAUAUCCAGGCUUAUUUCUUUGGAACGACUUGAGGCUAAAGCUGGAGGACCUAGUUUCAGCUCAGGAUUUCAGGAUAAGCCGGGACUUCUUAACUUUGA